GUUCAGUUGGUGCAAAACAGAAUUUACCUAAAAUUCUAAUCACUGUUAAUUAAUUAAAAAAAACAAAAGACUGCUCAUCCAACAGACAAUCCCCUUGGGGGCUAGAAAAGCCAAAAAACUAGCAUAGUGUAUUAAAAAAUAAUUGUCGAAAAAACUUAAAUAAAAAUGUUGGUGACAAAGAAAUUGUUCUCGCUCUCUCCAAGUGCCAAGCUCCUGAAGACUCUACUAGAAGGCCACACUCUCCACUCCGUCAGGGGUGUCUCUCAGAGCUUCAACUACGAGGAUAUCUUCAAGUUCUACAGCGACGCCCCCGCGCCCGCGGCGACACCCCUCACUGACCGAGACUAUGAGCGGUUCAUUAGCAAGAGGUCUGCGUUGCGACAACCUGGACUUACGAGGCAAAUUACCCAGCUAUCCUACCAGGCGGGCAGAGACGCGGUGUCGCUCGCCGAAGGCAUGGCGAGUACAGCCGUGUUCCCCUUCACCCACCUGCGCCUGGAGACGUCAGGCGGCGCCGAGGUCACGCUAGAGGGAGACAAGUUGAGGGCCGCGCUGCAGUAUGUGCCGACGCAGGGGCUGCCAGACCUAGUCAGCCACCUGCGCCAACUCACGUCCGACCUGCACCGCCCACCGCCUCUGCCGCGUGAUGUCCUGGUAACCUCGGGCAGCCAGUCCGGUCUCUACAUGGCUGUGGAUCUGCUGCUGGAGCCAGGCGCGCCCGUGCUGGUGCAGGAGCACUCGUAUACUGGGUUUUAUAGUGUUCUUAAGCCCUACCAACCAGAGAUAAUCGGCAUCCCAGAAGACCAGCACGGAGUGAUCCCUGAAAUACUAGAAUCAGUUCUUGAAGAGCGACUGUGCAAGGGUCAGCUGAUGCCGAAGUUCUUCUAUCUCGUUCCCACUGGGAGCAAUCCCACUGGCACCGUAUUGCCCGAGGGAAGGAGACGGAAGAUAUACGAGCUGGCGUGCCGAUACGACUUCCUUAUAUUGGAGGAUGACCCGUACAUGUUCGUGAAUUAUACUGAUCAGCCAGUCCCCUCCUUCCUCUCGCUGGACUCGGCGGGGCGGGUCAUCCGCCUGGACUCGUUCUCCAAGGUGCUGUCCCCGGGGCUGCGCGCCGCGUGGGCCACCGCGCCGCCCGCGCUGCUGCAGCGGCUGCAGCUGCAUCAGGAAGCCCACUGUUUGCACAGCUGCACGCUCGCCAUGGCGAUCCUCCUCCAGCUCCUGCAAACCUGGGGCCGCGCGGGUCUGGCCACGCAGCUCCGCGGCGCGCGCGCCCUGUACCGCGCCCGGCGGGACGCCCUCGCGGCCGCCCUGCGCGCCCACUGCGCACACCUCGCCCACUGGCAUGUGCCGGAGGGUGGGAUGUUCUUCUGGGUUAGGCUGAAUGUUGAGGAUGUUAGGGAUAUGGUAUUCAAAACGGCGUUCGAGAAAGGCCUAAUGUUAGUUCCCGGCCAAGCUUGUAACUACGACGCCAGCGCCCCCAGCCCGCACCUGCGACUGGCGUUCAGUAAAGUGAAGCUCGAGGACAUGGACACUGCCGCGCGCCUCCUAGCGGACGUCAUCCGAACUGAGCAGGCCAAGGCGUGCAGCAACAGAGCGGAGAGAGUCGCUACUCACCGGUAGAUGGCGUUAAAGAGAGUAAUUGUUAUAGUUGGUUAAGUUUUAUGUUAUUUAAUGUUAGUUUAUUGUUAU